AUGAUCGCAUCUGUCAUGUGCUAUUGUUUAUCCACUCACGAAGGCUUCCGUAUGCGAUCCACUGUGGGCAUCCGGCCCGUGGUGCAUCAGGCUACAAAUGUGACCGAUGUAUCCAAUUCCAGCGCGUCAGGAAAUUUGACCAGUCUGAUCCAAGGGCCUCUACCCACAAGAGCACCUGGUGCUCCAGCCAUCUGGAAUCCCUUAGCGCCAAAACACCGCAGUACCCGACUGAACGUAACUGGCAAUGCAAGUGCCUCGGGUGACACGUCCGGGGCGGAUGGGGAACUGGAUGACGAUUCGGACUCCUCACAGCUUAUCACCAUUUGUUACGAUUCGCUGUGGAAUCUCAACCCAAAGGUGAAAAAAGAUUGUUUCACCGAACCAACCCGUGGUCUGGUGAUGCUGGACAACGCAUUGAAUUGUCUAUUCACGGCCGAAUUUAUGCUCAAAGUGCUUUUAGCACCAGACAAACCAAAAUUUCUUUCGUCCAUUGUUUCCAUUUUAGAUAUUGUGAUCCUGUCCAGCUACUGGGUUUAUAUAACCGUGUUCUACUACUACUAUUAUUAUCCCAAGACGUGGAUUACCACCGAUGAGGAGUUGCGUGAUCAACUGUCUGGCAAUCUGUGGCUGAUGAACAUUCUAUCCAUGACUCAAGCGAUGCGUAUACUGCGGAUUUUCAAAAUAUCGAAAAUCUCCCGUGGUCUUCGUGUGCUUAUUUUGACCGUGAAAAAGAGUAUUCCUGAACUGGUUCUGCUCGGAUUUCUGCUGAUGAAUGGGAUGUUUAUGUUUUCGUGCAUGAUCUAUAUGGCUGAGUAUCGUAUGAAUGACACGUUUGUAGAUAUCCCACACUCAUUCUGGUGGUCUAUUAUAACACUGACCGCGGUCGGAUAUGGUGAUAUGCAUCCCAAGGGUGGUGUGGGCUAUUUUAUCGGUUCAGUUACCGCGAUUUCCGGUUGUGUGGUCACUGGUCUGGCAAUUCCGAUUAUUGGAAACAAUUUCAAUACGUAUUACAAAUAUAUGAAAAAUCAAUUGAUGGAAGAUAAAUAUUUGAAAAAUUUACGAAAAGAUAUGGAAUCCACCGGACAGAGCGGUUCCAAGAGUGGUAUUGGUGCGGCCGCGGANNNAGUACGACACAAAGGGUUGCGACAAAAGCUAGAUCAAUUCUUUAACAUUACAGCCGAUCCUCUGAGACGCAUAUUUCACGGGCCAGUAUCAACAAACGGUAGAAGUGGAAAAUUGGGAUUGUCCAAGAAUCCCGGAACCGGAUCAACGCAAGCAUUGACCGAGAAUCAGCAUUUCGCUUGCAAUAAUAUAGCCCGCAAAUCAGUUGUUGAGCCACGAAUGCAACUGGAUGAAGAUCCCUCGGCGAUCAGAUCUACAACUAACAAUACUGGUAGUGUAGGCGCAAGAAACAGCAUUGUACAGCGACAAAGUGUCUCCCGGAAUGUGAUCAUGGAAGCAGUCGAGGCAGAGAAACGUUUGAGUAUCAUUCAUCCAUUAGCGACUGAUCAUUUGCUCAGUUCCCUGCCCCCGUCACGUCUGUCCCUAGUCAAUACGCCACAGAUUUGGGUGGACGGGGAGGAGAUGGAAGAUGAGAUCACGAAUGUCGGCCGUCGGUUUGGAUCGAACGAAUUCGGUUCGGUGGACAUGUCUCCGGACAGCAACAACGCUAUGAACAAUAGCAGCAAUAACAACACUGCAGGUCAGUCGUUUGUGCCUUCCGAAUGCGGACGGCUAUUCAGUCCCCAUAGUAGUAUCUUGUCACCUCAUUUAAAUGCGGUCUCAUCGUACACGGAAUUGGAUGUGCUCGCCCCGGCCGCAGAUGACAUGACACCUCAGUCGGAAACCGAAUAUCCAGAACAAAUAAGUGAGGUUGCACUGGUCGCCAGAAGAUUCAGCAAGCUGCUGGCCAACAGUCAACGUAACUCGGUCCCGUCAACCACAGCUGCAACCGGUCCGAGUUCACGCACCAGUCGAUUAGAUACCGUUUCAGACAGGUUGGAGAGCAGUCUGUCCACCACUCCACCGGUAGUUGAGAAACGUAUGAACUACGUCUGA